CUCCUUACGCCCCGCCCCCCGCUGCCGCCCGGGCCGCCAUGUCGUUCCGCCUGCUGCUCUCCCGGGCUUGGCGGCUGCUGCCGCGCUGCCGCCUUCCCCCUCCCCGCGUUCCCCGCCCCGACCCCGGUCCCGGUCCUGGUCCUCGUCCCGAUCCACCCUCCGCCCCCCGGUGGCCAUGGCUGUCGUGGCUGCCAGCCGCCCGCCGCUUCUUCCUUCGGGCUCCGGCCAGCGAGAUGGCGGCUGUGGCGCGGCGGGGCCGCGGCGGGGUCUGCCUGGCGCUGGUCAUGGCGCUGGGGCUGGUGGAGCCGCGGCUGGAGGAGCAGCGGCGGGCUGAGGCGGCGUGUAGGCACAUCCAGACAGUGUUUGUCAGAAAGAACAAGCCUCAGAAAGAUCCCUUGAGCUCCUUCCACUGGCAGGGCUUCAAGCUAGAGGAAUAUCUCAUCGGCCAGCCCCUGGGGAAGGGCUGCAGUGCUGCUGUCUAUGAAGCAGCCAUCCCUUUCUCUCCUCGGGGACACGUAGAGAGCAGCCACCUCACUCAGCAGGAUCAUGGCUUGGCUGAAGAGGAGCCCGUGGUGAAGCACCAACCCAAAAAGGCUUUUCCUUUGGCUAUCAAAAUGAUGUGGAACAUUUCAGCUGGAUCAUCAAGUGAAGCCAUCCUGGAUGCCAUGGGCCGGGAGCUGGUUCCAGCCACAGGUGCUGCCCUAGCUGGGGAAUACGGAGCCACCUCCGGACGCAGAAAACCUGUCCUGGGGAGGAAGAAGUUGCAGCCUCAUCCAAAUAUAAUCCAGGUGAUCCGAGCGUUCACAUCCUCUGUCCCUUUGCUGCCUGGAGCCUUUGCAGAUUAUCCUGAUGUUCUUCCACUGAGCCUGAAUCCCAGAGGGAUUGGCCACAGCCGCACUCUCUUCUUGGUGAUGAAGAAUUACCCAUGCACCCUCCGCCAGUACCUGAGUCAGACAAGUCCAGAUGUUUGUCUCUCCACGAUGAUGAUUUUGCAGCUCUUGGAAGGUGUAGACCAUCUUGUUCGACAUGGAAUAGCCCACAGAGACCUGAAGUCUGACAACAUCCUGGUUGAAUUUGAUUCUGCUGGCUGUCCCUGGCUGGUGAUCACUGACUUUGGGUGCUGUUUGGCAGAUGAAAACAUUGGCUUGAAGCUGCCCUUCACCAGUGCCUAUGUGGAUCGAGGUGGCAAUGGCUGUCUUAUGGCACCUGAGGUGAUCACAGCUUCCCCUGGUCCAGGCACAGUGAUCAACUACAGCAAAGCUGAUGCUUGGGCUGUGGGAGCCAUUGCCUAUGAAAUCUUUGGCCUGGCCAAUCCUUUCUAUGGCCACGGGGACUCCAGUCUGGAAAGCAGAAGUUACAAGGAAGAGCAGCUGCCCAACCUGCCCUGUCAUGUGCCCCUGGAGGUGAAGCAAGUGGUAAAGAUGCUACUUCAGAGGGAUCCCAACAAGAGGUUGUCUGCUCGAGUUGCUGCUAACGUGCUCCACCUCAGCCUUUGGGGGGAAAGCAUUCUGGCCUCCAAGGCCCUGAAACCCGACCAGAUGAUCUCCUGGCUUCUCUGCCAGUCUGCAGCUGCUUUGCUCAUGGACCGACUGGUGGAUAAAAGCCAGGUGGAAACCAAAAUGAAGAUGUGCUUUUUGGCGAACCUCGACUGUGAAGAGCUCUGGGCAGCGUUGUUGUUGUUGCUGGCCUGGAGAAGCCAGUCUGGGUGAAGAGAAAUAUCUGGGAUAGGACCAUGCAAGAGAUAAAUGGCACUUUAUAGAGGCCCAUAGGAAUCUGUCCCUUCUGUAGUGCUUUAGGGAACAAAACUGCAAGGCCUGUGUUGAAGAGGUGUGAGUUUUCCUCUAGUAUGUGUUAGGACCCCUGCUUUUCUCUCCCUGCUAAACAAAAUGCCCUUACUUUGUUACUCUGUCAGUGAGGGUUUGUGGACCUUGCAGGUGUCCUGAGGGUACGUGGUUGGUUGUGCUCAUUUUUGUCAACUCAGAAUUCACUCUGAAGUUGGGUGUUGAGGUCAGCUCCCUUUCAGGGUUGGGGGCUGGGAGCAGGCACCAUCCAGCUGCUCUUUCCCCCUUGCAGCAUCAGGGAGUUAAACAAUAUCACUGAGAAAGCUGAGCUGACACAGGGAUGUGCAAUCUCUUGGGGACACCGGUGGUGUCUUAAAGUGAUAUGAAGAUGGGAGCCACAGAUAGCAUCUUGCUAUGAAAUGGCAGCCUAGGAGCCUCCCAGUGAGGGGCUGACAGUGAGGAGGGCAUCAAGAGCUGCUGGCUUAAAAGUAACACACCAUUACCUACCUGUUUAGUUGCAUGCAAAACAGAGCAAGCACAAUCAACCCAAAACCCAUUUAUAUUGGUGACUUGGCUGCUGCAGGGUCCAAGGCCAAGUCAGAGUCUGUCCAUGGGGGUUAAUACUGCAAAUGCACUGGGGCUGAGCUGUAGUGCCUGCUCACAGAGCUCAAUGUCAGUGAGGCUUUUCUCUUUUCCCUCCCUGUUUCUCCUGUUUAACAGUGAGGUAAUAACCCUUUGGCUGGGGAAGAUGGGAGACAUCCAUGUCUGAGCAACAAGAGUCAUGGUAAUGAAAGCACCGUUUGGUUUCAUGUUUGGAGGGACUUGGGGAGCAAGUUAUUUAUGUUUGUUGCACAAUAAAUUGAAGAUGAAGCUCUGCUGCUCA